GUUAUUGUAGUUUUUUGUGUUACAGAGACUCACCCUGCCAGCAGCCCGUCACAACCUUUUACACAGCGACCACGUGACGUGCACGAAGCAUUUUAAUGAAUGAGCAGAUAAAAGUUUAACUAAAAUCACUUGACCGUUAGGGUGUCUAAAAAGUGUUAUACCCAUGCUGCGUCGGCAGAGAGCAGCAAGUGUUCCCUCUCUGCCUGCUUUCAUGUGAUACUGGUCCGUCACAGUGGUUGACGAGGGGACUGGCAAGCUGUUGCACUGUUUGGGGAUUGUUAUUCAGUCGAUGACAUGUCUCUGUACCGAAAUGCUGUCUGGUUUUUGAAUGGAAUCCACCAAUAUACAAGGAAGGGAUAUGAGGCAGCAUCUAAAGGCUUUGACCCCCAAGACCUGAAUGUGUCCGUUGUGGGGAGGUCUUUUAUGAUCACUGGAGCCAACAGUGGCAUUGGCAGAGCCACAGCCAUGGCUAUAGCCAAGAAAGGUGGGACAGUCCACAUGGUGUGUAGGAACAAAGAGAAAGCAGAAGAGGCCCGGAUGGACAUUGUCAAUGAGUCUGGGAAUACGGAGGUACACAUCCAUAUUGUGGACAUGUCAGAGACACUCAAAGUCUGGGAGUUUGCAGAGGCCUUCAAGAAGCAGUAUCCAUCCUUGAAUGUGUUGAUAAACAAUGCAGGGUGUAUGGUGCGCAAGAGGGAGCUCAAUGCCGAGGGACUGGAAAAGAGCUUUGCCACCAACACUAUGGGGGUGUACAUCCUCACCCAGAGUCUCAUACCGCUUCUCCAGAAGAGCCGGGAUCCCAGGGUGAUCAUUGUGUCCUCAGGAGGAAUGCUGGUCCAGAAACUCAGAGUAGAUGACUUGCAGUCAGAGAGGGGCUACUUUGAUGGUGUCAUGGUCUAUGCCCAGAACAAGAGACAGCAGGUGGUGCUGACACAACAGUGGGCCAAAGCCAACCCAGUCAUUCACUUUUCUUCAAUGCAUCCAGGCUGGGUAGACACACCAGCUGUGUCUACAUCAAUGCCUCAGUUCCACCAUAUGAUGGGGGAGAGGCUGCGCAGUGUCGAGCAAGGAGCUGACACUGUUGUGUGGUUGGCUUUGUCGAGAGCUGCUGCCAGAACAAGCAGCGGGACGUUCUUUCAAGAUCGUAGUCCUGUUCCUGCCCACCUACCUUUGGCCUGGACUCGCAGUUCUGCUGAAGAGAUUCAGAGUUUCAUGGCUCAACUGGAGACUCUGGCCGGAGUCAUUCAGUCGCAACCUGAUGCAGAGCUUAACAGUCCUUCCAGACCUCAAUUUGUCUGAAUUGUAAUUUAAUGUUACAUGGUAUGUUGUUGACCCAUUAAAGAUCUAUUACUGAAA